AUGUGGGAGAACAGAACAGUCCCCAGCCCUUACCCCCACCUCCCCCUGUCUUUGCUACUAUGCAACGACACCCUCCUCAAUGACACCCUCCUCAACGACACUCUCUUCAACUGUAUCAACUCCACCAACAUUCCAGAGAUGCCAUUAGGACCCAGUGUAGCAGGGGUCCUCAUCCCACUCAUCUACAUCAUCGUCUGUGUCAUCGGCCUUGGCGGGAACAGCCUGGUCAUCCACAUUGUGCUGCACUACUCCAAGACGGAGUCUGUGACUAACAUCUACAUCCUGAACCUUGCCAUCGCUGAUGAGCUCUUCAUGCUGGGCCUACCCUUCCUGGCUGUCCAGAACACCCUCCAGUUUUGGCCCUUUGGCUCCUUUAUGUGCCGCCUGGUCAUGACCGUGGACUCCAUCAACCAGUUCACCUCCAUCUUCUGCCUGACCGUCAUGAGCAUUGACCGCUACCUGGCAGUGGUCCAUCCCAUACGCUCCUCCAAGUGGCGGCGGCCCCAGGUGGCCAAGGUGGUCAACGGCACAGUAUGGGCCAUCUCCUUCCUGGUGGUCCUGCCUGUGGUAAUCUUCGCCAAUGUCCACAAGACGGGCGGCACCUGCAAUAUCUCCUGGCCUCGGCCGGCCGACAUUUGGCGGGCGGCUUUUAUCAUCUACACGUCCACAGUGGGUUUCUUCUGCCCACUCCUCAUCAUCUGUCUCUGCUACCUGCUCAUUGUCUUCAAGAUCCGCAGCUCUGGCAAGAAGGUCCACGCCACGUCCACCAAGCGCAGGAAAUCGGAGCGCAAGGUGACGCGCAUGGUGGUGAUCGUGGUGGCCGUGUUUGUCUUCUGCUGGUUGCCCUUCUACGCCCUCAACAUCCUCAACCUGCUGGUGUCUCUGCCAUCAGAGUACCCGGGCCUCUACUACUUUGUUGUGGUAAUGGGCUACGCCAACAGCUGCGCCAACCCCAUCGUCUACGGCUUCCUGUCAGAAAACUUUAAGCGGGGCUUCCGCAAGGCCCUGUGUCGCUCCUCACGCAAGGUGGAGAGCCACGACCUGACAGAGCGCCAGCAGCAGCAGGAGGAGAGAGGGAGGGUGCUGAAGCCCCGGGAGAGCUUGAGGAGGGUCGUACGAGAUGAGGAGGAGGAAGAGGAUGAUGACGACAGGGAGGACGUCACAGAGAUGACGGAGAUCUGUAGGAUCGCCCAGAAUGGGAACGGACAUCCUGAGAGUUCCCUGGCCCUGUUAACACCCAAGGCACCAGCUCCAGGGGCAUCUGAGCAUGUUGCAUCCCCAGAAAGGAAAGCCAAAGCUGGUGACAUUGGUGGGAAAGGCCCAAACUUGGGGCCUCCAGCAUCCCUGCAUAAUGGACACACCAAUGGGAGUGUCAAACCACUGCCAGAGGAGCCAGUGGAGAAGAACUCCUCACUGGAGAUAAGCUACCUAUAA